CGAGGGUCUGAAACCGAGCAAAAAGACAAAAAAGCAAACAAAUGGGAAGGGCCUCUCGCCACUCUCUCUCAAUGCCCUAACUGCCCUUUCACAAAGCCUCCCUCGCCACUCUCUCUCUUGAUACCCCGCGUCCUCUCUCACAGACCCACAAGCGAGGAUCCAUUUGCAAGCCUCAUACAAGGAAAGGAUGCCAUACGCAGCUCGCGUAGGAGAAGCUCGCCAACGGCUGAGAUAGGUGGAAGCAAAUGAGCGGCGGGAAUUGAAAUAGACGUAUUUCCCUCUCUCUGAAACCCUCAUUCUCCCCUGGUAGCCCCACCUACGUUUCCCAUUUCUUAUAGAGCAUCUCAUCUCUCUACGAAACCCUCUCUCCUCGCAGCCCAACCCGACGAAACCCUUUCAUCUCUUUCUACGAAACCCAUUCUCACAGCGCAUCUCAUCUCUCUCUACGAAACCCUCUCUCUCCUCGUAGCCCAAUCCCAUUUCUCAGAGAGCAUCCCAUCUCUUUCUACGAAACCCAGCCCAAUCCUACCAAACCCAUUUCUCACAUAGCAUCCCAUCUCUCUCUACGAAAUCCAUUCUCACAGACCAUCCCAUCUCUCUCUACGACUCCUCACAGCCCAACCCAACGAAACCCAUUUCUCACAUACCAUCCCAUCUCUCUACGAAACCCAUUUCACGUAGCAUCCCAUCUCUUCUCUCUCUCCUUGCAGCCCAACCCCUUCAGCCAUUUCUCAUAGAGAAACCAUCUCUCUCUCCUCGCAGCCCAACCCUUCUAAUCGUGGUAGCCAUUCAUUUCUCACACAAAAUCGCAGAAGAAGCAGCAACGCAUAGCCUCUCUUACAAUAUAAACACCCAAAAUCGCAGAAAUAGGACAACCAAUUAAGAUGAAGAAAACUUCACCGAUGACUCGCAAAGCGAGGCCUUUGGAGAAGAAGGAGAAGAAGAAAGCGUCUUUAAAGAGGAAAGUUGAAGAAGUAGGUCAUGCAAAGCCGUAUUCCAUUUUCUCCCAAGAAGACGUUCCCGACUUCCCACGAGGAGGUGCGAGUGUACUGAGUAGGUCUGAGCUUGAAGAAGCUCGAGCCUCAGCUGAUGCUCAGUUUGAAGUAGAGGCUAGGGUUUCAAAGAAGGCAAAGCGCCCGAGGAAGCCAUUUACAUCAGAAGAAGACCUUGGCUCUCUCUUUGGAGAUGGAAGCUCUAGCACAUUGCCUAGAUUUGCUAACAGGAUCACUCCUAAGAAUGUAUCCGUUGGAAUGAAGAUAUGGGGAAUUAUUUCUGAAGUUAACGCAAAAGAUCUCCUAGUUAGUCUUCCAGGGGGUUUGAAAGGGUUUGUUAAAGUAGAGGAAGCAUCUGAUCUCUUCUUAGAGAAAGGAGGAAGCUUGGAGAAGACCCGUGGUUCCUCUAGCAAGGAGAACAAUGUGCUGGAAUGUAAUUUUUAUGUUGGACAAUUAGUCCCUUGCGUAGUUAUCGGAGUUGCACAUGAUGAUAAAAGAGAAGCAAAAGGAAGCAAAAGGAUCUGGCUCUCACUACGUCUUUCAUUGUUGCACAAGGGGCUUGCCUUAGAUUCCAUUCAUGAUGGGAUGGUACUCAUGGCAUGUGUGAGAAGUGUUGAAGAUCAUGGUUAUAUUCUUCAUUUUGGAAUCUCAUGUUUCACUGGAUUUAUGCCAAGAAGCAGCAAAAUUGAUGAUGCUGAUGCCAUGAUGAAUAGAGGUCAUCUACUACAAGGUGUGGUUUCCAGUGUUGAUAGAGUUCGGGGAGUUGUUCACUUGAGUUCUGAUCCUGAUCUAGUAGCCAAUGGCUUGGCUAAAGAUCCUAAAGGAUUAUCAAUUGAUAUGCUUGUCCCUGGGAUGAUGGUUAAUGCUCGUGUCCAAUCGAUGCUUGAGAAUGGCAUCCUGUUAUCCUUUCUUACUUAUUUUACAGGAACUGUUGACAUCUUUAAUAUGCAAAUUCAAUUUCCUAGUGCCACUUGGAAGGAUGACUUUGAUCAUUCUAUGAGGGUAAGAGCUCGGUUACUAUUUAUUGAUCCUACUACAAGAGCUGUUGGUCUUACCUUGAAUCCUCAUCUUAUUCGUAACAAGGCGCCUCCUGUUUAUGUUAAAGCUGGAGAUAUCUUUGAGAGUUCACGGGUAGUUAGAGUUGAUAGAAGAUUUGGACUUCUACUCGAGAUUCCAUCAAGUCCAGAUCCAACACCUGGAUAUGUAAAUAUAUUCGAUGCUUCUGAUAAAGAAGCUCUGAAGCUGGAAAAGAAGUUGAAAGUAGGGAGUAAUGUUCGUGCCCGUGUGCUUGGAAUCAGGCCCUUGGAAGGAUUAGUGAUGUGUACUCUAAAGGCUUCUGCUUUUGAGGGGUCUGUUUUUGCUCAUUCAGAUGUGAAGCCUGGUAUGUUUGUCAAAGGAAAGAUCAUUGCUGUGGAAACAUUUGGUGCAAUCGUGCAAUUCUCUAAUGGUAUCAAGGCACUUUGUCCUCUUCAGCAUAUGUCAGAAUUCGAACUUGUAAAACCUUUUAAGAAAUUCGAGGUUGGAGCAGAGUUAACAUUUCGUGUCUUGGGAUGCAAAUCAAAGAGAAUCACUGUGACACACAAGAAAACCCUUGUGAAGUCAAAGCUUGGCGUUCUUUCCUCAUACGUCAAUGCUGCUGUUGGAUUAAUCACACAUGGUUGGAUUACCAAAAUAGAGAAGCAUGGUUGCUUUGUAAGAUUCUACAAUGGUGUGCAGGGUUUUGCUCAUAGAUCGGAGCUUGCAUUAGAUCUAGGUAGUGAAGUUGAUUCCACGUAUCAUGUUGGGCAAGUAGUCAAAUGUAGAGUAAUAAAUGCCAUUCCUGGUGCGCGGAAGAUCAACCUCAGUUUUGUAUUGUCUCCUAAAAGGGCUUCUGUUACUGACCACGCUAUUAAGUGCGGAAGUAUCAUUUCUGGUGUUGUCGAGCAUGUCACUGCUAAUGCAGUUAUGGUAUAUGUGGGAACAAAUGCUUACAUGAAGGGAAAAAUAAUCACCGAACAUUUGGCAGAUAACCGAGACCAGGCAGAAUUGCUCAAGUCACUAUUGACGCCAGGAUACGAGUUUAAAGAGCUUUUGGUGCUAGAUAUGGAUGGGAACCAUUUGUUUCUUUCUGCAAAAUAUUCUCUUGUUAAAUCUGUCGAGCAGCUCCCUUCGGAUAUCGAUCAAGUUGUCCCUCAAUCGGUGCUACAUGGUUAUGUCUGCAACUUAAUUGAAACUGGUUGCUUUGUCCGCUACCUUGGGCGUUUGACUGGAUUCGCUCCAAAAGGAAAAAUUGUAGAUGAUCGGACCAUUGGCCUUUCUGACGUCUUAUACAUUGGGCAGUCUGUUCGGAGUCAUGUACUUAAUGUUGAUGGGGACACUGGAAGAAUAAGUCUUUCUUUGAAGCAAUCAUCUUGUUUUUCAACCAAUGUUUCCUUAAUACAGGGGUAUUUCGUUAUGGAGGAGCAGAUUGCGAAGUUGCAGUCGAUUCGUUCUAAAGUUUCUGAUUUAAAAUGGAUCUGUAGCUGUAAGAUAAGUAGCUUCAUCAAGGGGGAAAUACAAGAGAUUAAAGAUUAUGGAGUUGUUGUGCGAUUGUUGCAAGCUGAUCCCGCAGUCGGUUUUAUAACACCAUAUCAGCUUGGCGGCACCACAGUGCACACUGGUUCUGUUGUUGAAGCUUUAGUUCUUGACAUUGGCAUGGGAGAGGGCAUAGUAGACCUGUCUUUGAGGGAAGAGUUACUUGUGGGGCACAAAAGGGAGGGAUUGGAAGGGAGCCUUUCUUCGAAGAAGCGCAGAAGAGACGAAUGCUUCAACUUGGAGCUUCAUCAAAAUGUGAAUGCUGUUGUUGAGAUGGUGAAGGAGAACUAUUUGGUGUUGACAUUGCCGGAGCAUGGUCAUGCUAUAGGUUAUUCAUCUACAAGUGAUUACAACACAAAAAAGUUGCCCCAUAAAUUUUUUGUUAAUGGCCAAAGACUUGUUGCUACCAUUGAGGCGCUUCCAGAAGCAUCUGGAGCUGGGAGACUUCUACUUCUUCUCAAAUGUUUAAGUGAGGUAGUUGUCUCUUCUAGUUUGAAAAGAGCCUUGAAGAAGUCAGGUUACAAUGUGGGGUCACUCGUUGAGGCAGAGAUCACGGGCAUUAGGCCUUUGGAAAUGCGACUCAAGUUUGGUAAGGGUCUUCAUGGGAGAAUACAUAUUACGGAGGUCUAUGAUGCUGGUCAUGUGGAGUUGAAGCCAUUUAGCAAUUAUAGAAUUGGGGAGCAUCUAACUGCACGCAUUUUUGAAAAAGCUACCAAAUCUGAUGUUAGUAGCAAACAGCACAUUUGGGAGCUUUCUAUCAAGCCCUCAAUGCUUGCUGGAAGUGCAGAGGUGGCUGAUGGACAUUUGGUGGAAGAUUUUGAUUACUCGCUGGGGGAAAUGAUCACAUGUUAUGUGGUUAAGGUGGACAAUGAAUGGCUCCGCUUAGCUGUAUCUUGUAGUAUUAUGGGGCAUAUGUUUGUGCUGGACACUUCUGCAGAGCCUUCAGAGCUUGAGGAAUUUCCAAAGCGUUUUAGUGUGGGACAAGGUAUUUCUUGCUUUAUUAUUGGUAUUGACAGAGGGAAAAAAGUAUUGCGGCUGUCACUACAUGCAAUAUCAGCUAAGCAUGGCGCUCGACAUGAUGUUGAUGACAUUGUUCAGCCAGAUGAUAUUGGAAGUACUUCGUCUAAUGAGAAAGCUUCGGAGUUUAUACAUGAAGGUGACUUUCUUGGUGGAAGAAUAAGUAAGAUUCUUCCAGGUGUUGGUGGUUUGCAUGUGCAAAUUGGUCCGCAUCUAUAUGGGAAAGUUCAUUAUACAGAAGUGACAGAACAUUUCGUACCUGAACCAUUGUCCCAAUAUCAGGAGGGCCAAUUUGUCAGGUGCAGAGUUUUAAACGUUGAUCGCACUACAAAGGGUAACUUGCAUGUAGAUCUUUCUCUAUGGACGCCUUCUGAAGGCACUCAGUUAGUUUCUUCUGAAGGACAUGAAAGCCUUCAAGAGAAGUUUUCUAAAGUGCGAGUGGAAAAGAUUGCAGACUUGCAUCCCAUGAUGGAUAUAGAGGGUUAUGUCAAGUCCAUUACCUCGAAAGGCUGUUUUGUUAUGCUUUCUCGUCAUUUAGAUGCACGGAUUCUCCUGUCGAAUUUGUCUGACAGAUACAUUGAGGAUCCAGAGAAGGAAUUUCCGGUUGGGAAACUGGUACAUGGAAAGGUCAUUUCUGUGGAGCCUCUGUCAAAGAGAAUUGAUGUUACUCUCAAGUCAAAAAUUGGAACUGGAGUAUCAGAUUCUAGUGUUUUAGACUUCGAAAGUUUGCAUGUUGGGGAUGUCAUAUCCGGCAGGAUUAGGCGUGUUGAGUCAUAUGGUUUAUUUAUAAAUAUUGAUCACACAAACCUAGUUGGCUUAUGCCAUAUUUCAGAGCUUUCUGAUAAUCACGUUGAGCACAUCGAUUCCAAGUAUGCUGUGGGGCAGAGAGUUCAGGCGAAGGUUUUGAAGAUAGACCAAGAAAGAAACCGAGUAUCGCUUGGGCUAAAAGAGUCUUAUCUAGGGGUGAAGACGAAUCAAAUAUUCACUAAUUUUGAGAUGCUUGAAGAAGUUAUCAAUGGCCAUGGAUCAAGUGACGAUCUGGAGACACAUACAGAGACCGAUGGUUUCAAAAACAGUCCUCAAGAUUCUGCACGAGUCAGAUCUUUUGAUAUGAAGAGCGAUUUUCUUAUUCUGACUGAUAUCAAAUCGAGGGAAUCAGUACUUCCCCUUGAGGUUGAUUUUGGUGACACGGAGGAUCGCUACUUCGGAGAUGCAGAAAGUGGUGCAAAAGAAAAUAGCAAGGAAAAAAAGAUUGCUGAUAGUAGCAGCACUGAAAAGAAAAGCAGGCGUGCAAAGAAGAAAGCAAAAGAAGAAAGGGAGAUGGAAAUUAGGGCUGCUGAAGAAAAUCUUCUUGAUGAUUUGUGUCCCAAUUCUGUUGAUGACUUUGAAAAAAUGGUGAGAGGUUCUCCCAAUAGCAGCCUUGUAUGGAUAAAAUACAUGGACUUUAUGCUCUCUCUUGCUGAUGUUGAGAAUGCCAGGUCCAUUGCGGAACGGGCUUUGAACGCAAUUGAUAUCCGAGAGGAGGCUGAAAAGCUGAAUGUCUGGGUUGCAUAUUUCAAUCUGGAGAAUACACAUGGAAAACCGCCUGAGGAGGCUGUCCGUAAGAUCUUCGAGAGAGCUUUGCAGUACUGUGAUCCUGAAAAGCUACAUUUGGCUCUACUAGGAAUGUAUGAAAGGACUGAACAAUAUCAGUUGGCUGAUGAGCUCUUAAACAAGAUGGUUAAAAAGUUCAAAAGUUCCUGUGAGGUUUGGCUGAGGCGUGUAGAGAACCUCUUAAAGCAAGGCAAGGAUGAUGUCCAGGACAUUCUGCGACGUGGGCUUCAAAGCCUUCCACGCCAUCAACACAUUGAAUUCAUCUCAAAGACUGCCCUGCUUGAGUUCAAGUGUGGAGAACCUGAGAGAGGACGAUCCCUCUUUGAAGAGUUAUUGAGAAACCAUCCCAAGCGAACUGACUUGUGGAGUGUAUAUCUUGAUCAGGAGAUUCGCAUUGGUGAUAGUGAAUUAAUCCGUGCAUUAUUUGAGAGAGCAACAUGUUUAACUCUCCCACCCAAAAAGAUGAAGUUCCUGUUCAAGAAGUACCUCACAUAUGAGAAAUCACAUGGUGAUGAAUCUCGAGUUGAAUACGUGAUGAAGAAGGCUAUGGAGUUUGUGAAUAGCACACUUGGGUGAUUUUGUUUUAGUACGCUGGUGCCCAUGACCAUCAGCUGUAAUUGGGUGCCAAAGAGGGAGGUAAAGUCAUAUGAUCCUGAGUGAGAACGGUUUUAAAUUACCUAGAGGUUAAGAGGAUCAGAAAACCAACUGAGCUGGUUGCACUCCUGAGUAAGCUGUACAUAACGAUCAAUUUUGCUCCAUGCUUUUAUUAAUUCCAGUGAAAAUUUUGAUUCAGCUGCUAUGUGUAAUAGUACGAGCAUAAACUGCAAUUUCCUGCUGGUUGCAUAAAACUUACUUCCUAGUUUGCAGAUGGCUUUUAGUAGCUGCCAGCAGUGACGUACUACAUGUGUGAAGCACGGUAUUUGUGAUUCCUUUCUUUAACAUCAUAGUUGCAUUACCUUUACCUAUUUAUAGCA